CACGCAGAGAGCUCCUUACUUUAUUGUUCUGUGUUGAGUCGACGAGGUCAAUUUUCGAUUUUCCUCAUCCCUCAGUGAAGCGAUAAUUGUUGAUAAUUAACGCCGAGAGGUUCAGGUUUUUCCUUGCUUCUGCUUCGAGUUAAAAGAUCAAAAAUCCAGCAAAAAUGACUGAGGAAGUUAAUCCAAAAGCAUACCCUCUGGCUGAUGCCACAUUAACAUCCAAGAUAUUGAAUCUGGUUCAGCAAGCCAUGAACUACAAGCAGCUGAGGAAGGGAGCCAACGAAGCAACCAAGACACUGAAUCGUGGCAUCGCCGAGUUCAUUGUCAUGGCUGCCGACGCAGUACCUUUGGAGAUUCUGCUCCAUCUUCCUCUUCUCUGCGAGGAUAAGAAUGUGGCCUACGUCUUUGUCAGAAGCAAGCAAGCCUUGGGCAGAGCCUGCGGAGUCAGCAGACCAGUCGUAUCGUGCUCUAUCACGGUUAACGAAGGAUCCCAGCUGAAGCCACAGAUCACUGCUAUCCAGAAGGAAAUCGAACGCCUUCUUGUGUAAAUAGCUGUACAUAAUAAAUUUUUCUAACAUUUAUUCUUAUAA